AUGACCGCCGCCAACGAUGAAGAAGGCAUAGAGCGGAGGGAAGGCGGAGAGGGAGAGACCGGAUCUCCUUCAGACAUGGAGGGGCAGGAGGAGACCGAGGAAGAAUCGUCUUCGGAGGAAGAGGAAGAGGAGGAGGAGGAGGAGGAGGAGGAGAAGGCGCCCCCGGUGAAGAUAUGGGUGUGCAAGCACGUCCGGAAAGGGCUGGCCGAGCCAGUCAACAAGUCCGGGGAGUGCGCGGCCUGCAGAAACGCCUCCAUCAAGACCAGGGCCGGCAUCAGGAUGUGCAAGCAUGUUCGAGAGGGGGAGGCGAGGGCGUACGGGCGGGGGCCCGGGGACUACGGAAAGGGCCACUGCCGGGAGUGCUUCAUGAAGCGGUACCCGGUGAAGAAGGUCAAGGUCCCGAGGCCAAGGCUAUGGCCGAGUUGCACCAUGCCCGCCUGCCGCAGGAGGCACCACGCGUGGGGCAUGUGCGCUCCGUGCCUGGCGGAGUUCAAGGCCAAGCAUCCCAAGUGCAACCCGCAGGCGCAGAAGCGCAAGUCGGGCAGGCCCGCGCACAAGUACACGGGGGCGGACGCAGAGUUGACGGACUCCUCGGAUGAUGAAGGGUCAAGGGCUACCGGCAAGAGCACCGGUGCCCGAGCUCGCAAGGUCGGCUCUGGUAAGAAGGGCGUGGAGCAGGAGGAAAACGACGAUGGUGCUGCGGAGAUGACGAGCAAGUGUUGUUCUGGGGAUGGGAGCGGGGAAGGGGAAGGGCGGAGCUUGGGCAGGGGCAAGAGGGGCGGCGGCGGGGGGGAUGCGCGUCGCCAGGGGAAGCGGGCGAAGGUGGUUGGCGUGGCGGAGGGCGUGACGGAAGACCCUACGUGCUUCUACUGCCAAAAGGCGGCCGGUCAAGAUGCCAAGGAUGAGCUCAUGUACUGCGCGGACUUUGACUGCAACCGCCGCGUGCACAUGAAGUGCUGCACCCCUCCGGUCAAGGAGGUGCCCGACAGAUUCUACUGUCAGCGGUGCGUGGACGCCGGCAAGGACACUGCCUGCGAGGACCCUUGCCUAGCCUGCGGGAGCAACGACCGGGACGACCUGAUCCUUGUAUGUGAUAGGGACAAGUGCUACAACUACUUCCACUGCUACUGCCUACCGCAGCCCCUGGACACGCCUCCGGAGGGCGAGUACGUGUGCCCGCUAUGCACGGGAGAGGAGCUGGAGAGAGGCCUGGUCAUCGCCAAGAGGUCUGGCGGAACUCGCCCCCCUCGCGCUGUCCCGCCCAGGAAGGUGGAGGACGAGAUGGAGGAGAAGAAGAAGCGGAGGUGCAGCUCGUGCUUGAUGAGGUGCGCGUCUCAGCCCAUGUGGGCUUGCGGCAGCGGGAAGGAGCUGUGCGAGGGGAUGUUGUUCCACCGCAAGUGCUUGGCGAGGGGCAAAGCCACGAGGCAGGCAACGACCACAUCUUCAGAGCUGUGGGGAGUUCCAGGGGGCGUUGGCCUGGCGGGGGUGCUGGGCGGGGUAGGGGCGGAGGUGAUGGAGUUGAGGGACAGCGAGAACUUCCGGCUGUGUUGCCCGGAGUGUGGGUACGACCUUCUGAAGGUGGACGUCGUGGAUGUGCUCACUCAGGAGCAGACCUACGAGGGCACGCCCGAACAAGAGCAAGCGUACAAGACGUUCGAGAGGGCUCUCAAGGUUUCACUGGAGGACCCCCGGUUCGGCAUCGGUAAGACUCGCGAGGAGUUCGAGGACCCCUUCAAGGGAUCCAUUGGCUCCGGGUCCAACCGCACUGCAAUGUAUGGCUCGGUCUUCGAGGCGGCGGUGGACCUAAUGUUCCGCAAGAGCAAGCUCACGGCAAACCACAAGUUCCUCGACAUCGGCUGCGGCAUCGGAUCGAUCGUGCUGCAGGCGGCGGCGUGGGCAGGGUGCCAGGCAGCGGGCAUCGAGAUCGUGGAGGACCGCUUCGCAGGCGCCGUGGAGUUGCAUUCCGCCUUUCAGAAGGCGGUGUUCGCCGAGAGGGAUCUGGGGGCGCUGUUGCACCCAGAUGUGGUGGAGCAGAAGGUCCACCUUUUCAAGUCGCCAAGGGCUGUUUCUAAGGCCAGGGGGAGACCCCCGAGGUUGGGGACGCGAACUUCUUUUUCUUCAACAAUAGCAGCGGCGGGUUCAACAACAGCAAGGCGUUGGCUCCUGAAGAAGCUCAAGAACGAUCCGAGGAACAACGGGAAAAUACUCGUGACCCUUGAGCACAUCGCGGAGUGGCAGCCCACCUGCUGGGAGCGGCGGUCGUACAAGUACAGCGAGUGA